AUGGAUACCACGAUUUCCGGCGAUGUCUUCCUGAAGCUUCCCGAGAUUUUGUCGAGCCUUGCAAGUGCCGACCGUAAAAACAGGCGAUCAAAAGCACGUAGCAGCCCCCCCGCCCCCCUGCGCGUCCACGUCGCUAGCUUCCUCCGGCCAGGGCUCAGACAGCUCCCCCCGCGCGGCCUCGCCGCUCCUUCCGGCCCUGGGCUCCCCCUCGGCUCUGCUCGGCUCUCGGCUGCCGCGCUCGCUUCGCCUUCGGCUGUUUCCGGAGCCGUAAGCGGCUGGCUGCGGAGAAGCUCCCCGCGCGGGCUGCAGAUGUCGCACCGGCAGGCGGCUGAGGGGCCGGCCUUCUGGAGCCCCGCAGCUCGUCGAGGGUCGGCGGGCGGCGUCGGGGACCGACAGGGAGUGGAGGGGACCCAGGCGGCCGUCUCAGAGAAAGAAGAUCUGGAAAACACCAAAGUCAGCUCUCCACUGACUUCUGCCUCUGAUCCAGAACCCCAGUCCUCACCCUACAGGCCACAGAUGGUAUCUCCAGCGAGUAAGGAUACCACGGAAGAUCUACAGAAAGCGGCUGGUGCUUCAGAGGGUCAGGCUCCGGGGGAGCGCGAGUUGCUGCCAGCAGGCCAGGCUCAGGUGCACAGUGAGAUGGCCAAGUACCACCCUCCACAACGACCGGGAGACAUGGUCAUGAUCCAGUCUGAGCAUACUGGAGCUGUAGAUGUCCUUUCAGCGGAUUUGGAAUCCACAGAUCUUCUGGGGGACCACAGGAAAGUCUCUCCGCCUCUGAUGGCUCCUCCGUGCAUCUGGACCUUUGCCAAAGUGAAGGAAUUCAAAAGCAAGCUGGGCAAAGAGAAGAACAGCCGCCUGGUGGUGAAGCGGGGCGAAGUCGUCACCAUCCGGGUCCCCACGCAUCCCGAGGGAAAGCGCGUCUGCUGGGAAUUUGCAACUGAUGACUAUGAUAUUGGUUUUGGAGUUUAUUUUGACUGGACCCCAGUGACCAGCACUGAUAUAACUGUGCAGGUCAGUGACUCUAGCGAGGAUGAGGAUGACGAAGAGGAAGAAGAGGAGGAGCUAGAAGAACCCGUCCCUUUGGGGGAUGUGGAGAGAGGCUCCAGAAGUUCUCUACGGGGUCGCUAUGGGGAGGUCAUGCCUGUGUACCGGAGGGACAGCCACCGAGAUGUGCAAGCUGGCAGCCAUGACUACCCUGGGGAGGGCAUCUACUUGCUCAAGUUUGACAACUCGUACUCCCUGCUCCGCAACAAGACUCUGUACUUCCACAUCUACUAUACUAGCUGAAGGAUGCUAGGCUAGGGCAGGCUGUGUUUGCUGGCUGAAGCAGGCUGCCAGAUGGUGCCUCUUGUCUGUGAGCAGGCCUAACGUUCUGUGUGAGGCUCCUAAGCCUCGUGCCCUGCCUGGCAUGCCUGACUCUUGAUUCCAUGUAGCUUCCCCCUUUCUUGGCUUCUGCAGGUGGUGGUGUAGUGCUCCUGUCCUGUGGUCCCCGACUCUCACUCUUGUUUCAGACUCCAGCAAAAACCCUCUCAGAAGGCCGCUAUCAGGCAAAGGCCUAAAAUGAAGUAGAGGAUGUCUUUUGUUGGUUCACGCUGGUAAAGCUUGUCAUUCAGGUUGCCGCCCACUCUUCCCCCGAGCCUGUAAUGCCGAUGUACGCAGCAGCGCCUACCCUCUUUCAUUUCGAGGUGCCAGAAGAGGGAAAAGCACACUGUCUAUGAAAGAGCCCAAUACUCUGGCUGGAGAAUGCUCCAUCCAGCCUCUCAGCACUGCCAUAUUCCCACCUGCUGGGUAUUCCUAGUCUCUAGCUCAGGCUGGGAGCCCUCACUGCCUUGGAUGGAUAAUUAUCCCUGAUGAGUAGACCUUCCUCCUUUCUCUGUACCAAGUCUCUGUUUCUGCCGUGUAGCAAGAACUUCCAAGCAAUGGCAAGGGUGAUCAGUGUCCUAAGAUCUGCUGCGACUAAAGUGGUCUCCAUCACUUCCUGUCUCCAGAGCUCUCUCCCUUACUAAGGGUGCUGGGAGUUGUUGAAGAGCGGGUGGAGGUAGGCACUGAGUCAUCUCAGAAGCUGCCCCUUUGGAAGUCAAGUACCAGCCAUCGUCUCAUGGCGUGCCUCCUACCCCCCUUUAGGCUAGGGGUAUUACUUAGAAAUUUUGCUUUGGAGCCAAAAUACAGUGAAACCCAAUUAGAUUUGUAGUGAUUCUGGGUUUGUGUUUAUUAUGCUGAGGAUGUAAACGUUUGGUGUUCAGAGUCCUUGGGGAAAGUAAUCAUUGAAUUUUGCUGUUGCUGCUGACUGUGUGUGCUCCUUACCUGACCAAAGCCUGCAACGCCAGCCUCUCACACUCUGUUCAUCCUGAGGCUCCGCAGCCACACAAUGUUGUCAUGUUGCAGUGGGUGGCCACAGAGCACCGGGUGCUCGGGCUUCGGGUGGAGAGGGCAAGCGAUGAGGCGUGGACCUCUGCAAUCUUCCGCACCUCUUUGUUUCUUUCUCUGUGUUGUCUGUCAUUCUGAAUUUUGAAUAGUUAGGUUAAUUUAUUGCUUUAUUUAUGUUUUUAAAAGCACAUUUCAGUUUGCCUUUGAAGCAAUUCCCAUCUGUUUCCCAUGAAGCUUUCCAUCUGCUCUGAGCCAUUAAAGGCCACCUCUACUAUGGUGUUAAAGAUGGUUUUAGGGCUUGAAAAAUGAUUGUGUAUGUCCUUCCCCCAUGUUAGCCCUGUGAUGCCGAGGGACAAGUCUGCCAUUUCAGAGAAGGCUAGUCCAAGUGUAGAUCCAUCUCAGCAUCCCAGAGAGGAAUGGGUGUGACGGAUGCCCCUGCACUGGAGAUUGACUUAAGGAACUGACUAGCGAGUCAGUGAUAGCCGAGUACCACAAUUAUCAGAUGUCAAAAUCCUUUUCCUCCUCUGACACCCUCCUCAUGAUGUUUCCUUUGACGCAUUUCUUUAUUGUGUGGUUGCUUUGCACCAAGCCCCUCUGUCCUACAGGAACGAUCACUCCAAGAGCAUGGUCUUACCAGGAGGUCUGUGAUCAGGAACAAAGGAAAUGCAUCCUGUACCUC